AUGCAGAUAAUCAAACCGCUGACGGCGCCCUCAACUGUCACACACGCGCUUUAUUGCGCGUUUACGGGCGCCCCAGACCUUGACCUGCUUGUUGUGCGUGGAUCUAAUCUUCUCCAGCUCUACCACACUGUACGCACACAGACACAAGUCGUUGAACCUUCAGAAAACACUGAAAAAGAUCCUCUGACUAAAACUGAGGCUGUGGCUGCUAUUGAGGACCGCCGGCUGGAGGGUGACGACACGUUCAUUGGAUCAGAGACCGCACUUGAAGUGGCACGCGAAGAGUUUUCCGUAAAACUCGUUCUUGUUGCUGAGUGGACGCUUCAAGGUCAAAUCACUGGGUUAGCUGCCAUUAACACAUAUUCAGACAUUUCAGCAGCCAAAAAAUCAGGUGGAAUUAAAAAAUGUUCUCUUGUCAUAUCUUUCCAAUACGCCAAAAUGUCUAUCGUCUCAUGGGACCCUUUUCAAUACAAUAUAAUCACACAAAGCUUGCACUACUAUGAAAAAGAUUUUUUUGAACUCGACUUUGUCGACCCAAUGUUUCAACCAAAGCUUGCUGUCGACCCUCUCAGUUCAGCUGCAACACUUCUUUAUCAGCAUGACAUGCUUGUAUUUCUUCCCUUUGUUCGUGAUGAGUUGCUCGACGACCCAAUUGCUGCACCCCCGCAAGUAUCAUCUUCCGCACCAUCUGGUUUUGCUCAACUUCUUCAACAGGCACAAAAGGAUACAGGUUCUUCACAGUCUCAAUCAAGCCUACAGCAGCAGCAGCAACAACAACAACAGCCAUUGCCUCCAAUCUCUCAACCAAGUUUUUUGAUUCGGGCCAUUGACAUGCACGAAUCUAUCACAAAUAUCAUCGACCUUACAUAUCUUCAUGAGUAUCGCGAACCUACAAUCGCAAUUCUUUAUGAACCAAUUCGCACAUGGGCUGGCCGGCUUCAACUUGAAAAAGAUACGGUUUCUUAUUUGGUGCUUUCUGUGGAUCUCCAAGCACAUACCUUCACAUCUAUUUUCUCUGUAAACAAUCUUCCUUACAAUGUUCGCACGAUUAUUCCUUUACGUGACCCCAUUGGUGGUUCGCUUCUUAUCGGCACUAAUGAAUUCAUUCACAUUGACUCGCAGGGACGUGUCAAUGGUGUUUUUGUUAACCCCUUUCAUUCAAUUUCCUCCGCACUUGAGCUCAAAGACCAAUCCUCUCUCUCCCUUUCGUUAGAAAAGUGCCAAGCUCAUCAACUUGAUGGAGGUGCCGAUGAUCAAGUUUUAGUUGUUCUCGAGUCUGGUGAAUUGCUAACUCUUCGUUUCCACAUUGAAUCUCGGAAAGUCCACGAACUGACUGUUUUAAAAGUUCCUAAAGAUAUUCGCAUUCCAAAUCCUACUUUAAUUACUUCUCUUAAAACACGUUAUCUUUUUGUUGGGAGUGCCACAGCUGACAGUAAUCUGAUACAGUGGAAGCGCCAAGGUGAAAUUACAGCAGACGAUGAUACAAAAACAGCUGUCUUAACAUCUAAACCAUCUGCAGAAAAAACAAACGGUGGUUCGACCCACGAUGACAUUGACGACAUUUAUGGAGACUUGGAUGAUCAACCAGUCAAAAAGAGUGCCGCCGUUAUAAAUACCGGCUUUUCUGAUCUCCCUAUAGUUAUUCGCAUCACUGACAAACUCAGUAACUACGGACCUAUCAACGACAUGGUAACCUGUCGUUCUCCAGAAGAAUACGAUUCUGGAGAUGACUCUUCUUUAGAUGUUGUGGCUGCUACCGGAACAGGCACCGACAAAUCUCUGACAGUUUUUACACGCAAACUUCGGCCCCAGAUUGCCAGCACCCUGAAACUUAAAAAUAGUUUUAAACGCAUUUGGACUUUACGACCAGCCAGUCUUUCUAGUGACUCUUAUACUGCCGACCAAGAAGGUUUGUUCGAUACUUAUCUUGUCGGAAGUAACGAUAAAAAUACCUUUGUUUUUCAAAUUGGCCAGGAGUUUGUGGAUAUUACCUCCAAAAUUUCCAAGUUACGUUCAUGUGGGUCUACCCUAGCAUGUUCUACAGUUUUCAAUGGCCGAAUAGUUGUUUUUGUUUGCGAAGCUGGAAUCAUUCUUUACGACUACGAGCUCACUUACAUUACUCGUAAACGACUCAAAGCUCCCCCAGUAAACAUUGUUUUUGCUGAUGAGUAUAUUGUUGUUAAUUUUGAUGAAAAAACUCAGACUAUCUAUCAUGUCAAGCAAAAGAAAAAGGUUGUUCCUUUAGAUAUUUCUAAAAUAAAAGAAGAGACUCUGCCCUCUUUUGAUACCACACCUGCAACCCCUGCAGACUUAGAAGGCACACCAAACCCAGAACCCGAAGAACCCGAACCCACAUCUGCAACUGCUCCAGUAACAAAAACUAUCACAACAUGGGACAUUACUGAGCGCGUUCCUUCUAGCAAACUCCCGCCACCUAGUGCUUUAUUUGCAGGUACUUCAUCUUUAUUCUCCUCGGCUCUUAUUGGUGAUUCCAAACGAAUUAAGCGUAAGAUUAACGAGAAAGAAGUUGAGCACCUACAAAAAGAACCUUCGGUUCCUAUACUCUAUUCAGUUGGCCAAGAAGGAACUCUUCAUGCUGUAUAUCUUACUGACUCUUCUGUGCGAUUUGACAUUUCUGCUCUUAUGCAUUUGCCUAAUGUUUUGCGACUGGAAGGCAGAACUUUUGUCGACGAUUCUAUUCUACCAGCAGCUCAACCUUCAACAGUAACAGCACCAGCAACAGGAACAGGAACAACGACAACAGCACCAGCAACAACUGCUCCUACACAGAUUCCUACUGUUAAAAUUCAUCAGAUUUCUCAUUUCACUAUCAAAAAUGAAAUUGAAGAAAGCGAAUAUUUGGCAAUACUUACGUCGGAUAGCUUUCACUUAAUACUCUAUCAAUUUCUUAAAACACCAAACGGUGAUAUGAUUCUAGUCAAAUCUCGCGAUUCUCUAGGUGUCCCUUCUUUAAGUGAUGAUAAAACAGACUUCCUUCCAAAAAUAAUCCCUUUCACAAACAUUUCUGGAUAUGCUGGGAUUUUUGUAAUUGGCCCUGUUCCUCUUAUUAUCUUUAAGCCACCUCAGAGUCCAAUAAUGUAUCAUAGACUUGCUGUUCAUGAAAAUUCUUCAGUUAUUGGUUUCACUCAGUUUAACACAGCUUCUGUUUACUCUGGUCUGGCGUACAUUGACAGUAGCUUUGUUUUGCGAAUUGCUACACUCCCUAGUGAGAUUGACUUUGGCUGCGCAUGGCCCGCUCGCAGAAUCAAUCUUGGUGCACCUGUUCUUUCGAUUGCAUACCACGAAACAUCCAAUAUUUUAGCUGUCGCACUGAUAUCCAAACAUGAGUUUGAAGCUCUGGACCCGGAAGGCAAUCCCAUUCCAGACUUGAACUUAGAAAUGCCACGACCGGUGUCGUAUCAAAGCUCAUUGAAACUUCUGUCUUUAGAAUCAUGGAAAGUCAUUGACGUCGUUGAGUACGAAGUUAAUGAGUCUAUCAUGACACUAAAGUCGGUCUUGCUUGAGGUUUCUGAAAAAACGCAUCAAAAGAAAGAGUUCAUUGUUGCAGGAACGUCUAUUAUUCGUGGAGAGGAUCUAGCGGCUCAAGGUGGUUUCUAUAUUUAUGAAAUUAUUGAAGUUGUACCAGAGCCUGGACGUCCCGAAACAAGUCAUAAACUAAAACAAAUUUCUUCGGAAGUUUCCAAGGGUGCUGUGACUUCCAUUUGCGAAGUCAGUGGUAACUUACUUAUUGCUCAAGCUCAAAAAGUGGUGGUAAGAAAUAUUCAGGAAGACAAUUCUGUUGUUCCUGUAGCAUUUAUGGAUAUGAACACUUAUGUCUCCAGCAGCAAAAGCAUCAAAUACAUGGUCCUUCUUUCAGAUGCUAUUCGCAGUGUUUGGCUAGUCGGCUUUGGUAAAGAGCCUUAUCGCAUGACACUUUUUGGCAAAGAUUAUCGUAAUGUUGAAGUCACUUCAUGUGAUUUUAUUGUUUUUGACAAAACACUUCAUAUUCUUGUUGCAGAUACACAGCAACGACUCCAUGUUUUACAGUAUGAUCCUGAAGAUCCUUCACCAUUUUCUGGUCAAAAGCUACUUCGACGCUCAGAAAUGUUUUUGGGUCGCGAUAUUGACACAAUGCUUUUGCUACCAUACACCUCUUCGCAAACUGCAUCUCCUGGUUUCAUUCCACUGUGUGGUGCCCGUGACGGUUCUCUGAUGACAAUAGUGCCAGUUACAGAAGCCACAUACCGUGCACUGUAUGUUAUUCAACAACAAAUCUCGGACCGUGAAGAACAUACAUUGGGACUGAAUCCCCGCAUGCAUCAUGCCAUGGGUGUUGCUUCUGGUGGACCAGUAUCCGGACAAGGCCAAGCGCAAUCACGACAGCUGCUAGAUUACAAUCUCGUUCGCCGGUUUGUUGAGCUUCCAAUAGAGCGUCGUGCACAGUACGUUCGCCGGUUGGGUAAGACUGGUGAUGAGGAUGUUUGGAAAGCUUUACGUGUGGUAGAUGAAGUUUUGGAAUACUUGUAA